AUGGAGAAGCAUAACAUUCCUCUCAACACUCUCAAGGACUGUCUCCAGUUCCUGCAGUGGUUGCAUAGCGGUCCUGGUACAGUAGACAAGGUUAAAUUUGCGUUGUCCGAUUUCCUUGGCCACGUGUCAGCGUUUUAUGAGCGAUUGUGCUACAAUCCAGAUCCUGGCAGUUAUGGCACUAAAAGCGCAGAGGACAUAGCCAACGCUCUCCUGGAAUGUAUCCCCAAGUUCCUUGCUGCCAUAUAUUUUCUGGAGUACUGCGUAGAUCCUAGUUAUGAUAAACUUGGGGGCGGGGGGUGGCAAAAGAAUUUUCCAGGGUAUGAGAAAGAAUGGGUGAAACACUUUUGGCAACAAGAGUGGGGGGGUGACCUGCAGAAAUAUCUCAGAGCAGAAUCAGGCGAUAAGUACGGUGGCAUCAUACCCGGAGGGUUCACAUAUGGUGAGGUGAGAUAUUACUCACAAUGGCGGGAUUACUACCAGGGUUAUUCUAUGGUUUUCGACCUACAAAAAAUUUUGAGCAAAGAGCACUACAAUUUUUUCCGCAGCGUGUUUGUCAGUUCGGUCUUCUCCUUAAGUAGUGGCACCGCUACUCCCAACACGGCGAGCUCUCUCUCGUUGGUGAGAACUUUCUGUGAUAUUGUGAGAGAAGAGGACGAGAAAGAUGGUGGUACAAGUUUGAAAGCAGCUUUGGAUGAAGACCUUAAAAAGUACAAUCCCCCGAAAUCCAUAUGCUGGAAGGACCUAAAAGCGCAUUGCGCUCAGCUUAGAGAUAAAUUGACGACGCUCUUCAACAAGCCCGAACGCUUCGACUUCACCGGGCUGUCUACGGCACUUAAAAACCUGCAAAAAGAAGAGUUGGCGAAGCGGACGGCGAAUUGGAUUAGAAUGUAUCUGACCACAGUGCGGGGAAAAUUGAACCCAAUUGAUACGAGAUCCGGUGUCAUCGACAAGCCCAAUAAGGACAAUCUUGGCAAAUAUUUUACCGAUAAUUUCUUCCCAUACGGAUUCAGAUUAGAUGUAAAAAAGCGUUUUAAUAUUCCGGAAAGGGACGUAAAGAAUUUGAUGACGGAUUGGCGUGAUGUAAUCGAAGGGUUUAAGAAAAUGGACGUCGAUUUGGAUAAGCUUAAACAAAUCUUGGACGGAACUUAUAAUAAAUCAUGUAAAACGCCUACGCCCCCGCCUGCCACUAAAACUGACAGCGCAAGGCCCGUUGUCACUAAAACAGAGGCUGCAAAACCUGUGGUCACCAAGGCCGAGGCGGCGAAGCCGACUGCCACUAAAACGGAGGCCACAAAACCUGUGGCCGCAAUGCCUCAGCCAACUGCAAAUCAAAAUAAUGGUCAAAGUGAAAACAAGCCUCCAGCUCCACCAGUUGCAGACUCUGUUCCAGCUCCAAUUGCGCCUCCCGGUGAUCAAGGAGCUCCAGGUUCAAAAGGGACUACCGGGCAGAAAGAUCAAGCAGGUAAAAAUUCUAGUUCACCAGUGCCUAAAGGUGAUCAAGGCACGACAGGGCCUCCUGGUACGGGGGCCACGGUAUCAUCUCCGGUUCCAGGUUCCCCAGUCACAUCUGUUGCAGUUUCUAGUCCCGAUGUUAAAGGCGCUGCAGGCCAGCCGGGGCCUCCUGGUCCUGGGGAUCCGGUGUCUUCUCAGGAUCACGAUACAUCAGGUAAGCAAAGUGUUCAACCUGCCCCGCCAGUUCCUCCUCCUCCCCCUCUUCCUGGAGGCCCUGCCCCCCCUGGUAAGCCGGGUGCCACGGGUCAGGGUUCAACGUCCGGUCAUCCUCCAGGUCAAGUGUCUGUUACCUCGUCAGUCACCGUGCAUCCUCAACCUCCGGGUGUUUCAGGUAAAGACGCUGGGCCAACUAAUGGUCAAGAUGUUGGUGGAGGGGCCGGUAAAGGUGGUGGGCUAGGAGGUAGUCAAGGUGUUGGUCAACCAACCAGUCAAGCCUCCGAUCAGAAUCCAAGCAGCGGCGUUACUACGUCGGUUGCUUUGGCGCCCGGUAAAGGUGGGAGUGGAGCUGGAGGAAGGUCUCCACAGCAUCCGGCAGCGCCAGGCGUUAAACAGUGUAAAGAUAGUAAAUUGGGUACACUGUGGAACAACCCCGAUGAUUACUGUGCUCCACAACGUAACAGACAAAAGAUUCCGUUCAGGUUCACUGAAACCUCAGACGCUGAUGAAAAAAUAUGGGCAUCUCAAAAGAAAACAUUUCCGGAAUAUAAACCACAAUCUUCUAAAACUCUCCAAUCCCAAAUUCCUCCCACCCUUCCAACUCAGCCCAACCCUCCUGCUCCCGGACCUUCCCUUCAGCCUGCCGAUGCGCGACGUUUUAAUCAGCGUCCACCCUUUGUUCCACAGGGGAGGGAUGCCGGGGACGUUGACACGGCUUUUGUGCCCUCCGAUAUCACUGGGACCGUCAUAGAGGAUACGUCUGGUAAAAAACGACAGGAGCAAAUUUCAAGGAAAAUUAAAGCCGAGCAGCAAGUUAGAAAGUGGAACUGGGAAGCUGAGGACAAAAUGGUUAAACUAAAAGUCGACAAAUCAAAUGACGAACAACAAAAAAAUGCAACCUCAGAAUGGGAAAAACGACGAGACGAGGGGCAACUGAGAAAAGGACACGAUGAUGCUGCGCACAGAAUGCAAAAGAUAGUGCAACAAGGCAAAUUAGAGUUGGAGCAGAAAAAAGCAGAAGAGCAGAGAAGGAAAGAGGCCGAACGUAAAUACCAAGAGGCAGUGGAGGAAUAUAAACGCAAAUUAUUGCAGGGAAUGGAAAUCGAAACGAAAAAUCUCAACGAGCAUCCCGGCAGGCCUACGUAUCCCGACGCUGAUAGAGUCAUUGCUGAGAUGAAUGAGAGGACUGCAAAACGCAACCCACUGGCUACAGUCGCGCCUAUACAUCCAGGUAUGCAGCCUGUUGAUCUCAAAGGAGAGGCAGUGUCUGGCUCCACUGGAAUUCGGGAAUCCACGUUCCCACCUCUAUCCAGCAAUAUUGACGUGCCCAUGGGAUAUCCUAUAAAGCAACUCAAAACAUCAAUAAAACCGCUGCCUUCACAAUCGAUUCCGGAUAUCAUGUCCCAGCCUAUACCGGAUCCGAGCCGGGGACAUCGCCUGCCACCAUUUCACCCAACCUACAAUCCAACGGAGCCAGAUGGCCCCAAUCGAACUAAAUUACCACUCACCAUAAGACGUGACCAGGCAAGUGAUGGCAUUUUGAACGCAUCUACCAUCAACCUGAAGAAUCCCCCUAAAAGCGACGUCAGAGCUGCCAUGCCUCAGGACAUGAAGCUACCCUCACCACCAGCUCUGAUCAGUGGAUGGACCAUUCCAGGUCCCAAUUUUAAAAAGUAUGGUUCAUCUAUUCCUACCGCUGAUCUGGAGCCGCCACUACCCCCAUAUCCGAUAGACAUCGAAGUCAAGGACUUCAAUUCGCAGGAUAAUGUUUUAAAGUCUGAAAUUACCCGGACACACCCACCACCUAUUAUCCAUCUCAUAGAUCCGGCCUCACCGUAUGAUACGUACCCCGGGUUGCCUACGGCAUUGCCACCGCCAUUGCCACCGCCAUACCCCAACUCUGAUGCCGCGGCAGACUACAAUAAUCCGAGUAAUUGGGGGAAUUUCAAGAACUACGGUUUUGAUAUCUAUCCUGAGACUGGUCAAUGCCAAAACCCCUGGUACGUCCCCGAUUCCUCAGAUGUCACCACCCCUCCAACACCCUCCCCUCCCCCAGCCUCGGAUCACCUGCCCCGGCCGACAGACGUCCGGGGGAUGCUCCACUGGCUGGUCGGCUUGACACAGUAUGGGUAUAUUCAGUUCAUCGAGGAGCAUGUCGAAGGCAUUUUGGAGGAAUUUAACAAGGAUGUCUCACAGCUCUCAGAUGCCCUCGAUGUCACUGGGGAUCCCACUCAGCUGACUGCUUUCCAUGUCACCGCCAAACUGACCGAGGCCUGUCACUACGCAGCCAGCGUUCUAUACAGGCUCAAGUACAAAGACAUCUCCGAUGACUUCAAGACCUAUUUCAAGAAGCAAGAGACUUAUGCCUUUUAUUACUCCUCCGACCCCGCCGUGUUGAUGUGCCAUCUGCGCGACUACGCCUACGCCUGCUGCCACCAGUUGGCGUUCCUGAAGUCGCAAUGUUCUCGGAAUAAAAUAAACGGCGGUUGGCGCGAUUGUCAAUACGGCCGUGAUGCCAAGAUGCCGUCCCCCCUACAGGCCUUUAUGACGGACGCAUCACACUCCAAGUUCAAUGCACAUCCCUUCGACCCGUGCAACAUCUGCCUCAAGAGCCGUGUCACCAUGGGAUUCCGGAAUGAGGAUUUGCCGAAUGACCCACAAACUGGCAAACACCUCCACACCAUCCUAUCCCCCACCUGUGUCGGUAAUGAUCCCCUGCUGACAUUGGCCUCUUACCUCAACUGCCUCACCCAGCGGACGCCGCGCACCACCGGGGAGCUUGUGUCUUUCUUCCACAAUUUUGGGAAUGAGCUUCAUGAUGUGUCUUCAGACUUGUCCAAGCUGGGCACCGCCCUCUCCAAGCCACAUGGCCACUGCCCCGACUGGGACUGUCUUGGUGACGCCGACCUCCGAGUCAUCAGGAACGCCCGGGGCUCCGCCACUCCCAACUCCAACUCCAACCACAACCACGACAAGGACCAUCCCAAGACCCUGUCCACAAUGCUUGGCUGCGGCAUCACUAACGCCAACUGCACACGACUUCUCUCUCCCAUCACCUACCAGGCCUAUGCCCUGUACUCCCCGAGCUUCGCCCACACCUACCUUAGCUGGGCGGUGUACCUACCCGACAGACUACACGAGUCACUGGAAAAGCUGAGCGUAGAUUUAAGGGGGCAUGAUAAUACCAAGUGCACAUCACUCUACGCUUGUCAAGGUGCUAUGCCCCUCCUCUACACUCACGGGUUCACGCCGCCAGACGGGAGUCCGCAGCCUUCACUCACGUGUUCGAAGGUCAUCGAUAAGCUGGAGCAGGUGGUCGCCGGAGAGCCUAUCGCAAACCUCAUGACCGCCAUGGACGCAUUCCUAUACAGAGUCCGGGGGCCUUUCAUCUACACUCAGCUUACACUCUUGUCUGUUGCAAUGGUCUUCCUCGCCCACACGAUGCUCUACCGCCUGGACGUAUUGCGCAUCCGCUCGCACCUCCUCACGACCAGGGCCUCACAUCUCAUCGACGUCAAGGCGCUCCUCACUCACGGGAGGAAGAUGCUCUCACUGUACCGCAACGUCGACUAUUUCGACGACGAACCUAUGGGACGGCUUGGCCUGUCGCAGUAA